UAUUUAACCAUACAAAUAUCCAAAAAUUCACACAGUAGUCGCCAGACGAUUGCCCCGACACUAUGAUGUACCUUUGUUACAUUGUGGUUUUAAUCACAACCGCGUUUAGUACAAAUGCUGAACCUGCAAAAUUGGAUUGGUGGCAGACUAGUGUCAUUUACCAAGUAUACCCAAGAUCGUUUAAAGAUAGCAAUGGUGAUGGCGUUGGAGACCUAAAAGGUAUAGAAGAAAUGGCUGAACAUUUUAAUGAAACAGGUAUCGGAGCUAUAUGGUUGUCCCCAAUAUUCAAAUCUCCCUUGGCUGAUUUCGGCUAUGACAUUUCCGAUUUUGUAAAAAUCGAUAGCACUUAUGGAACAAUGGAAGACUUUUUAUCACUUCAGAUGAAACUUAAAUCGCUCGGCGUUCGUAUUCUAUUGGAUUUUGUGCCCAACCAUUCAAGUGACGAACAUGAGUGGUUUCAAAAAUCAGUCAAAAAAAUCGAUCCAUACACUGAAUACUACGUGUGGCUUGACGGAAAAUCAGACGAAAAUGGAAACAGAGUACCUCCAAAUAAUUGGCGAAACUAUUUUGACGGAAGUGCUUGGGAGUGGUCGUCUGAAAGAGGACAAUACUAUUUGCAUCAGUUCACGGUUAAACAACCAGAUUUAAAUUACAACUCUCCUGCUCUAUUAGAAGAAAUGAAGAACGUACUUAGAUUUUGGCUAGAUGUUGGCGUUGAUGGAUUCCGCAUAGACGCUUUGCCUUUCAUAAUAGAAGACAUUACGUUUGAAGACGAACCACUGAUUGAUCCAAAAAUCAAAGAUGAUAAUUACACAUAUUUUUUGCUCGACCAUACGUUAUCUAGGGAUCAACCAGAUACAUAUAAAAUUGUCGAAGAAUUUAGAGCAGUCUGUGACGAAUACACUAACCGGGAUGGAAACACAAGACUGAUGUUAGUCGAAGCGUACGCAUCCAUAAAUUACACGAUGAUGUACUACAGCCAGCAAACACACAGGGCUCAUAUGCCAUUCAAUUUCAACUUUAUCACAUACUUGAACAAAACGUCGUCGGCCGUCGACAUAAAGAAUACGAUCAAUCUGUGGUUGGACAAUAUGCCUCCGGGUCAAUGGGCCAACUGGGUGAUAGGGAACCAUGAUAACAAACGAGUGGCUACGAGAUUCGGUCAGGACAUGGUCGACCCGAUGAACACGCUGACGACGAUGUUACCGGGCACGGCGAUCACGUACAAUGGAGAGGAAAUCGGUAUGGCUGACGGCACGAUAAGAUGGGAUCAGACGGUUGACCCAUUCGGUAGAAACGGCGGUAUGGCCAGGUACGAGGUGAACUCGAGAGACCCGUGCAGGACCCCGUUCCAUUGGAACGAUUUGCAGAACGCCGGUUUUUCGACGUCCCAACACACUUGGCUUCCCGUGAACAGCAACCAUUGGUACCUGAACUUGGCCUUUCAAAAGGUGUGCUUAAGAAGCCACUAUCAGACGUACAAAACGCUGUUGCGACUCCGUUCAUCUCCGACGAUAGCCCAAGGAAAUCUCACCAUGCACACGCCAUCAGAUUGGACUUUGAUUUUGACUAGACAAUUGGAAGGCCACGAGACCUUCUACAUUGUUUUAAACGUAGGGACGGAACAAGAAGCAAUUAUUUUAAAUGAACACUUUAAGGACGUACCGCUUUAUAUGAUCGUCCGCGCUUCGAGCAUAAAUGCAUGGCACGCUGAAAAUGAUUACAUUGAUACAACAAGACCACUAGCAAUGCGACCCAAAUCAUCACUAGUAUUAUCAUAUUGAUAAAAUGUUCAACCCAAAAUUAAUAUAACCUUCGUUGCUGAACGGAAAAGUCAAAUAUAUUCCACUUGGAUAAGAUUCAUGUAUACAGGACACAAAGGACUAAAUUAAUAUAAUGUUUUAAUAAAUAAUGCACUGUUUAUUUUAAGGUUUUUCCAUUAAUUAUCAAUUAAACAGUUAAAAACAGGUUUUUUUCAUUAUAACUAUAUAGGAAUGUAUAGACAUAAUAAGAAAGUUUAAUGUUACAAAACACAUAAUUCCAUAAUAAAUAAUUUAUUUACAAGUAAUAUUGUUUUCGCUUUUAUUUACAAAUAAUUUUUUUAGAAUAUUGAGAAUAUAAAUUAGAGUUGCGUUAAAAAAUACUCCAAUGCAUAACUGUGACUUGACAUUAAACAAUGAAUACUUUUAAGUGGAAUUAAAAACAAAAAAAUGUUGUCUGCAUGCAACCAUCAAAGAAGAAACCCAAUAGAAUGAAGCAACAAAACUCACUGAAACAUAAAUUAAACACAAACGAAGAAAAAACAUUAAGACAGGUAACAAAAAAAAGAAACAAAAAUGCAAUUAAAAUAUUUGUAUACACAAAACAUUCUUCAAUAACACCAUAGACGCAAUUUGGGGGAUGCUUCGAAGUACUUUGCACCCCUAGACGUAAACAACAGCCAUUAAUACAUUCUCAAUUUGCUUAACUUGAACUGUUUUGUUUUGUUUUUUAACACUAUCAAAUGGAUUAAAUCGUGUUAUUAUUUUAUAUUCUACAUAUUUUUUUUACCUUCAGCUGUUAUAUUCUAACAACUAUUAAUUGUUAUUUUUAAUCUCAAUCUAUUGCCUGUAUUAAAACUUAUUGAUAUUA